AUGAUAAUGCUGAGCAGCUCAAUGCUAAAGGUGACAGUGCCACCCUUAGCUCGGUGCUGGAGAGUUGAAACAUCUCAUGGGUUACUGUUAAAACUCAAACUGAGUGGGGCAGUAUGCGAUGGAGACUUGGUUGCUGACAUUGUGUUCAUAGUUGAUCGUGGUGCUUCAGAGUCCAAGUUUGAAGAAUUAAAAGAAUUCCUACGAAACCUAACAUCCUCAUUUGAUGUGCAGGAGAAAUGCAUAAGAAUUGGCCUGUUGAUGUACACUGAUGGACAAGAAGAGGUGUCUCGUCUCAACACAGACACAAACAAAGCUGAAAUUCUGCAGGUGAUACAAGAACUUUCUGCUGGAUCAGGAAGGGCCAACACUGGUGCAGCUAUUAAUGUCACAAGGCUAAGACUCUUCCGUGAAAGUUCUGGGAGCAGAAAGAAGCAAGGGGUAGAGCAAAUAGCUGUUGUGGUUACCCACAGACCCUCUCUCGACAAUGUGAGUAAUGUUGCUACUCUUCUGCGGAGAAGUGGUGUGACAGUGUUUGCCAUAGGUAUUGAAGAAGCUUCUCAUGAACAGCUGGCCCAAAUAGCUUCUUAUCCUCAAGAGCAGUAUGUUACUAAGCUCAAGGCAUUUUCUCAUCUGCAAAAACAGAAUACAAUUUUUCAAAAGAAGAUCCUGAAUCAAAUACAGAACAAGCUGUAUGUCCUCUCUGAAAGAAGAGAAAUGCUCAAAACAGGAUGCCUGGACACAGAAGCAGCUGAUAUUUAUUUCCUCAUUGAUGGUUCAUCAAGUGUCUCCUACUCAGAUUUUGAUGAUAUGAAGAAUUUUUUGAACAAAAUGGUUGGGAUGUUUAACAUAGGAGUGAAUAAAGUUCGAUUUGGACUUGUGCAGUACUCACAUUUCAAUGAACUGGAGUUUAAACUUAGUAAAUACAAUUCAGCAAGUAAUUUGAUAAAAGCUAUCGAAAAUCUUCGACAAAUAGGUGGAGAUACCUAUACAGGGGAAGCUCUAGCUUAUAUGAAGCUAUUGUUUGAAGAGGCCAGGAGGCAACGAAGUGUUACAGUGCCUUGCCAUCUAGUUGUUCUUACAGAUGGGAAGUCACAUGACAGUGUGAAAGAAGCAGCCAUGAAACUCAGAGAAGACCAGAUUAACAUUUAUGCCAUUGGUGUAAGGGAAGCUAACAGAACUCAGCUUUACGAGAUUGCAGGAAUGAAAAACAGAGCCUUCUUUAUACAUUCUUUUGACUUGCUGAAAGAUAUUAAAAAUGCUGUUGUCCGAGAAAUCUGUACCGUAGAAGCCUGCAAACAGAUGAAAGCUGAUGUCGUGUUUCUAGUAGACAGUUCUAAAAGUAUUGGAAAGGAGGAUUUUCAGAAAAUGAAAAACUUCAUGAGACAGCUGGUGAACAGAACAGAUGUUGGUGCAGACAGAGUGCAGAUUGGCGUUGUCCAGUUCAGCCGUGAACCAAAGGAAGAGUUCAAGCUGAACACCUACUCCACCAAAAGAGACAUCCUCGAUGCUAUUGAUACCAUAUCUCCCCUUCAACACACCACACGGACAGGAGCAGCGCUGAAGUUCAUGCUUCAGUACCUUCAUGCUGGUAGUGGUUCACGUCACGCAGUUAAGAAGGUGGUUGUCCUGAUCACAGAUGGAAAAUCACAAGAUGAAGUGAAAGGCCCUGCCACAGUGCUCCGAGAUAACGGCAUUAUCAUCUACUCCGUUGGAAUUUUUAAUGCAAACAAAACGCAGCUUGAAGAGAUUAGUGGGAAGCGUGAGAUGGUGUUCUAUGUUGAAAAUUUUGAUAUUCUAAGCCAGAUAGAAAGCGACCUUGUUUUUGACAUUUGCAGUAGUCCUUAUGACAAAUGUAGAAGAGUGGAACGUUUAGACAUUGUGUUUGUUAUGGACAGCUCUGGAAGCAUAAGCCCCACACAGUACCAGGCCAUGAAAGACUUCAUGAUUGCUCUGGUGAACAAAUCUGAUGUCGGCCCUGAUGGAGUUCAGUUUGGAGCACUAAAAUAUUCUGAUGAACCGGUAGUGCUCUUCUACCUCAAUAAGUAUACUAGAAAACUGGACAUUGCUGAGGCUAUCCAGAGAGAUGACCCUCUAGGACAAGGAACUUACACAGCACAGGCACUGGUCCAUUCAGAAAUGUUCUUCACUGAAAAGCAUGGCAGCCGCAAGAGCAAAGGAGUUCCCCAAGUGCUGAUAGUGAUAACUGAUGGGGAGUCCCAUGACAGAGACAAGCUGGGUGAUGUGUCCCACAGCUUAAGGAGCAAAGGAAUUGUCAUCUACGCAAUUGGAGUAGAAGGAGCAAUUCGAACUGAGCUUCUGACAAUGGCUGGAUCAGAGGACAAAUGUUUCUAUGUGGAUAACUUUGAAGGACUUCAGAACUUAACUCCAAAUAUUACAGACGAUAUAUGUGAUAUUUCAGUGUCGGAGUGUCCAAAGAAAGCAGAUGUUGUUGUCCUGAUGGAUGGUUCCAGAAACAUAGAUGAAGAAAACUUCAGAUUAAUGAUGGACUUUAUGACCAAUGUAAUCAUCUCCGGUCUUAUUGCUAAAAAUACAAAAAUUGGCUUUGCACUGUAUAGCGAUGUCUACAAAGAAGAGUUCAACCUAAGCAUUUUCCAGAGCAGAUCAGAACUAGAAUUUAAAAUUCAAAACAUCAAACAAAUUCAAGGACACCAAAGUAAUGUUGAAAAUGCACUUGAGAAAGUGAAAUUCAGCUUCCAACCAGAGAAGGGUAGCAGAAUCCAUGAAAAUAUCCAACAGAUUUUACUGGUAAUCAUAACUGGACGAAUGACUGGUAAAGCUGCAAGAGCAGCAGAAAGCCUGAGAAAAAAAGGUGUUGAUAUAUAUGCCAUAGGUGUGGGGAACGUUGAUCAGUCCCAACUAACACAGAUAACUGGAUCUUCAAGUAGGAAAUACGUCGUUGAUGAUUUCUCUAAGUUGAAGACCAUAAAAAAAAGACUGGUUGACGUUAUUUGUGAGGAUGAUAAUAGAAAAGUGGCUUGCUUUGUGGAUAUAGCUGUGGGAUUUGACAUUUCAUCACAGAGGGAAGGCCAUCACUUAUUUCAUGGACAAACUAAACUGGAAAAGCAUUUCCCUGAGAUUUUGCAAGCCCUCCUGUCUAUAACGGGCGUGAGCUGCAAUGUUGGGUCCAAGACACAGAGCAGUGUGGCUAUUCAAGUGAUGAACGCUGUCACUCCAAUUUCUACCAAGUUCUAUAUUGACAGUGAAUCUGUCCUGCAUAACCUGUCAGAUGCUGUGGUUAAGGGACCAUCCCAACUUAAUGUUGAAUUCUUGCAGUCACUUUGGGAAACAUUCCAGAAUGAGGAUCAGACCCGACAAAAGGUAAUGCUUGUGUUUUCAGAUGGUGUGGAUGAUGACUUGGAAGCACUCGAACAGAAAUCUGAAGAACUUAAAAAGAAAGGUUUGGACGCUCUUAUAAUUGUUGUUCUGGAAGGAGCCUCUGGUAUUCAAGACCUCCAAUCCAUUGAGUUUGGAAAAGGAUUUGAGUAUGGAACUCACUUAGAUAUUGGCAUGACAGAUAUCGCUAGCAGGCUGUCCAGGUUCUUGAACAAUAUUGCUGAGAGAACCUGCUGCUGUGUGUCCUGCAAGUGUACUGGUGAAGAAGGUGAAAUUGGAGAUUGGGGGAAAAAAGGGAUAAAGGGACUCAGAGGUCUUAAAGGCAACCAGGGAUAUCCUGGAGAUGAAGGAGAACCGGGGUUUCGAGGACACAUUGGAAAAGAGGGUGACGAUGGGGAAGAUGGGAUUGAUGGAAUUAGAGGAGAAGAGGGACCUCCUGGGGUUCCUGGAAAGAAAGGAGAAAAGGGGGACAUUGGAUAUCCGGGAAGUCCAGGACCAAGAGGACCUCCUGGUGAUGGUGGCCAGAAGGGCUUUCGAGGAGAUCCUGGUAACCCUGGUCUGAACAGUGCAAUAACAGGAGAAAGAGGCUUUGCAGGAGAAGAUGGGGAAGAGGGUGAGAGAGGACAAAAAGGCUCACCUGGCUUAUCAGGAAGCAUAGGCAGCCCGGGCAAUCCUGGACAGCCUGGUCAGCGUGGCUUGGAAGGGAAACAAGGAUUCAAAGGACCUCAGGGACAAAAUGGCAUUAAUGGUGAAAAAGGACAGAAAGGGAGACCAGGAAUUAAGGGUCCUUCAAAUGAACCAGGACCUAUAGGUCUGGAAGGGACUCCCGGAGCUCCUGGGAGAACAGGAAUUAAAGGCCAACCUGGUGAUCCAGGACCAAAAGGACAAAGAGGUCCAAAUGGUUUGCGUGGAAAUCAGGGAGAAGAUGGUGCUUUUGGAUAUGGCCUACCUGGAGAAAAAGGAGUAAAGGGAAAUAAAGGAUUUCCUGGAGAUUUUGGACAAAAGGGUGAUGCUGGGGACAGGGGAAUUCCAGGGGAACGUGGACUAAAGGGAUACAGAGGCAGAAUGGGAAUUCCAGGACCUGCUGGUCUGAAAGGCAGUCCAGGAGACAGAGGAUCUCCAGGACACAGGCCAUGUGAACUCAUUGACUAUGUCCGCAAACACAGCCCAGGUAGAUACGGAAAACCAAAAUGCCCACUAUAUCCAACUGAACUGGUGUUUGCCUUGGACACCUCCAGGACACUCACUCCCGAGAUAUUUGAACUAAUGAGAGAGAUUAUAAUAGCAAUUGUGAGUGAUGCCAGAAUCAGAGACAGCAACUGCCCAGUAGGAGCCAGAGUCGCUGUUGUUUCCUACAACUCAGUUACUCACCAUCUGAUCCACUUCUCAGAGUUUCACAACAAGAAUAAGCUACUCGAUGCACUAAAAAACAUUUCUUAUGAGUCAUCCUCCAGUGAACGGGAUACUGGAGGUGCAAUGAGAUUCAUUGCCAAAAAUGUUUUCAAGAGAACUCUACAAGGUCCUAAUGUGAGAAAAAUAGCUGUGGUUUUCAGCCAUGGAGCAGCCACAGAUGCAUCCUCUGUUAAACAAGCUGUCCUGGAGCUGAGCGCAGUAGAAGUCAUUCCAGUAGUUAUUGCUUUUGAAAACACACCCCAUAUCUCCCAAGCUUUCACGAUGGAUGAUUCUGGAUUGUUUCAGGUGUUAAAUGUUCGUGGGGGACAGUAUAAUGACACAUUACAAAGAUUUCGACUCUGUACUUUGUGCUAUGACAAAUGUAACCCAGAUGCUUUUUGUGGGCAGCCCAGGCCACGAUUACCAAGGGCAUAUGUUGAUGCAGCAUUUAUUCUGGACAGCUCGCAGGAAAUGAGCGGUGCUGAAUUUGAGCGAGUCAAAGACUUAAUGAGCAAAGCCAUCGCUGCAUUCAACAUUUCCUCGGAUCCAAAAACAUCUGUUGCAGGGGAUAGAAUAGCUGUGGUGAGCCAUGCACUAUCAGAUUUCAAAGCAGGCACAGGGAAGAGGCCAGUAAAGAAAGAAUUUGACUUUGUUACCUACGGCAGUACAGACGGAAUGAGGAGGUAUGUUAAAGAAUCUCUCCAGCAGCUGAAUGGGGAGGCUGCUGUCGGCUACGCCAUACAAUGGACAAUUGCUAACAUUUUCUCAGGGGUUCCCAAUCCAAGACCACUCAAAGUUAUCAUCAUCAUAUCUGCUGGAAAAACGAGUCAAUGGGACAAAGGAACAUUGAAUAAAGUUUCCCUGCAAGCUAAGUGCCAAGGCUAUGCCCUGCUUGCGAUUUCGCUAGGAAAGUCCUAUGACAGAAAUGAACUGGAAAAGCUCGUGAGCCCUCCUCUGGAACACCAUUUGAUUCAGCUUGGCAGAAUUCACAAGCCUGAGCUCGACUAUGUAAUGAGGUUUCUGAAGCCAUUCAUAAAUUUCCUCAGGAGUGAGGACAACUACCCACCAGAAGUGCUCAAGGAAAAGUGUAGCAGACUCCGCUUUCAGGGCUGA